AUGGCGGCGUGGCAGAGCGCCGUGGCAAAGGUGGCGGCCGACCUCGUCCAACUCCUCCACGUCCAGGCCGCCGACGAGGACGAGGCCCACGCAGAGACUCUCGCCAGACUCGGCACCCUCCGGGCCCGCUUCAGAGGGCGAGUGGCCCUCACAAACCUCGGCAGCCUGCUCGCCGGCGACAGGACCUGUGCGGCGGCCCUCCACGAAACCACCGCGCGCAAGAUCGACGAGGCGAAGGGGGGGUGGAAGCACCUCGUGCGCCGCCGUGGCCUCGCCUCCAUCGCCAUGACCAUCGAGGAGGCCAAAGCUUGGAGGCAGCAGCACAAGACAUGCAUCGCGGACAUUGUGCGGCACCGCGACGGCGAGCGCUGGCGCGUGGACAAGAUCGAGCGCCAGGCCGAGUUUCAAGGCCAGCUAGAGGGGCUCGUGGGCAGCAUGAUCCAGCAGGUGCAGGGGGUGGCAGAAAAGGGAGAGGUCGAUGGCGAGCGACGAGGCGAGUACGUCGAGACGUUCUUGAUCAACUUUUACUCUGAGAAGGUCGAGUACGGCCAGAUCAUGGCGUACCUCGACUGUCUCCGCUCCGCCAGGCCGUGA